AUGGAGAAAAUCAUCUACGAUUUCUACUCUGAUCUCUUCGACAGCCAUGUCCACUUGCCUCCUCACCAUCUGAGAGAAGAUGGACAAGUCAUUCCAGAGGUUCUCCCGUCCGAAAUACGACAUGCUAUCAUGUCGGUAGGAAAUCGUACGGCACCCGGUCCCGACGGAAUAACACCAGAGCAACUGAAGAACCUUCCGCCAGUACUCAUCAACACUUUGGCGAGGCUCUUUACACGUCACCUGUCGGAAUGCAAGGUUCCUAAACAGUGGAAGACCAACAAGACCGUGUUCUUGUAUAAAAAGGGAGAUCCACAUGACAUCGGCAACUAUCGCCCAAUCUGCUUACUGUCCGUCAUCUACAAGCUCUUUACAAGAGUGAUCCUUAAUAGGAUUGAGAAAGUAUUGAAUGAAGGACAGCCAUGCGAGUAA